UCUUCCUCUUCCACCUCUACCACUUCCCUGCCCAUGUGCGAGCUGGCUACUUUCCAUGCAGCUAUAGCGUGCUCAUCUCCCCACCCCACCCCCACCCCUACACCCUUUCCUUCCUUCCUACACCCACAUCCCCUCAAGUGGCUUCCCGAUGCCAUCUAAUUUCAUACCCACAGUCUUGCCGGAAUUUGUCUAGGUUUCCCUACAGAUGACGGGUUCCCUUUCUGAUGCUCUUGCUUCUGCGUCGUCGUGGCCAAUAUCACUCAUGAUGUGCUAGCACUGUGUUUUUGUUGUUGUCGUAGUUGUAGUUGUAGAAGUAGUAGUUGUAGUAGUAGCUUGCAAGUAAGGUUUGAGGGGGAGUUUAGUUUGGGUUUGGUGUACUGAGGAGGAGUUUGAGUUCCAGGAAGUGGAGAUUGUGUUGAGAGGUGCAAUUGUGUGUGAGAGAUUAUGUGCUCUGUGGUGAGGAGGAGCUUCAGUGUGCAGCCGACUAGUUUGCGAGUGAUCCCUAGUUUUGCAGAGCAUCGCAUGAUGAAAGACGUGUCGCAGAGUGGGCUGUAUUCUAACAUAGUUUCGGCGGAUCAAGGAGGAGGGUGUAUGCUGGUAAUGCACCCGGUGCUAGCCGCAUCCACCAAGACGGAGCACAUAAUGUCUAGGUAUCGACCCAUCGCGCCGAAGCCCGUGGCCAAGGGUGAGGGUGCCGCCGAUCAGGCUGACACGCAUUCGAUAUCGUCGGUGUCGGCGGAUAAUAGCACCACGAAAUCCUCCACUGGCACGGAGUAUAGGAAGCGUUCGCGCAAGCGACCGCCAGAUGGGAAAUCGUCUGGUGCUGGGAAGAAGACGCGAGGAGGGAAGAGUAUGGCGGGAUCAAUGACAGGGAAGAGUGGUGUCGUGGAAGGAUGCAACUUGGACUUUCAACCUCCGGGCUACAAUCUCACCCCUAUUUUCCCUGGGGCCGUAGCUCGGACGCUUGGCCAUGACGGAUUUCAGCGGUUUCAGGAAAGUUUUGAAAACACUCAAAGUGGAGUCUCCGUUUCGCUGUCUUUGUCAGCAAAAUCUCCACCUCAAGAGGUUUGCAACGAGCAAGGAGUUUCAGGCUCUUUCAACACUCCUUUGCGAUGCGGUCGAGACGAUUUGGGUCUCAAGAUUGGUGCUUCGAACGCUGAUGGGCCCGAGAAGGAUUUGGGAUUCAUGGAGCGGGCGGCAGCUACUACCCCGCCGUCUCUGCUUUCUGGGGAGCAUUCAAACACGGUUUUGAGAAGAGAGUCCAAUUUUUUCGGUGGUCCAUCAGCUUCCACCAGCUUUGGUGCUGAUAGUGACCAGGUAUGCUCUCGCUUGUUUGAGCGGACGACGGCGGCUAAUACCCAUUCUCUGUUCUCUGCGGAUCGUUCUAACACGGCUUUCCGCCGAGAAUCCUUUUUUGGAUGUCCUAGCCUUUCUUCCAGCCACUGUGCAGAUAGCGAGGUCUGUUCAGCUGAGAAUGCAGCUGAUAGUAGAAAAGAGAAUAUUGUUACCUUGUCUCUACUUCCCACCACUCCCUGUUUUUUGAACACUCGCUCUUCGUCCUCGAACGCGACCUCCUCUCUUGCUCGCUCUGACAUUCGAUGGUCAUCCGGGAGAGAAGCCACUCAAAGCAGCGGCGAUUUGAACACGAGCCUGACCAUGUCAAGCAAAGGCCGGUGGUCAGACGAAAGCACAACCCUUGGCGGGAGUGCAGGAGCUCCUGAGAGCUUCCGGCCCUUAAAGGACCGGACACAAGAAGCAUCUCAAGGAGACUCAGGAGUGCAAGUGGUGGACGCUUACUACUUGGAGCAGAGGCAUGGUGGAUCGUCCGAGGCGGUGAUGUUAACUGAUGAAUUAGAUAGGAGAGUGCUUUGGGUCAAUUCGGCGUUCAAACGAUUGUCCAAUGAAAGGAUGAGCAGCCGAAUGCAGGCAAUAGGACCAUACAUCGAUCCAUUAGGAAUUCGCACACAGCUUGCGUAUUUGUCGUUCCAGCCACCAUUUCCUGCACCCAAGUGCAAGGCGGUACUAUGGGGCUUCUUAAAGAAAUUCAUCAUGCACGAAGGAGUUGCUCACAAGCCGUCCAAUCUUUUUGAUGGACAAGCUAAGGCGAUUGCUCCACAAGCGACGGUGAUUGCGCCACAGCCUGUGAGGGCCGUAGGGUCGACCAUUACCGUCGAAAGCGUGGACUACUUGGAUCCACAUGCCGCUGCCUUUACGGAAGGCGUUGAAUCUGUUCGGGAGAGCCUGGACAAGGGUGACAUGCCAUCAGUCAUCACGGAUCUAAGUUUUCGUGUGAGGUGGGUGAACACUGCCUACAAGAGGCUGGUUGGGCAACCGAAGUGCUCGUGGCUGGCAUCCACAGUGGGCGGCACAUCUGAUGGUGAAGACUCCCCGGCGUCUCACCGACUUGCAGGGGAUGUAUUGCUCAUUUGCGAUGGUUCUCAAUUACCAGAUGGUAUCGCAGCUUUCACAUGUCGAGUAGGGAUCAAAUGGAGUCACCAGGGUGAUCACUGUGCUACGGGUGUGACGUCCGAAGUAGUGAGGUUGGAAGACGAGACUGGUGGUGGAUUGUAUGUGUGGGGUUUCGAUAUCUGACCCAGCAUCUAAAACAGGGUGUUCCCUUAGAUCGAACGUAGAAGUCCUUAUUGUGAAUAUAUUCUUCCGGAGCUUUUUCCCUUUUCAAUUAUUUUUUAGCCUAGAGAGCCAAGAUGUUUAAGAUGUUGAUAGUUAGCCAAUGAAACUGUGCAUGCGAAGACUGUUAGUGUCUUGUUCCUCUACGCAGACUAUGAUUUAGAGCAAUUUUGUUGCACCACUCAAAUUAAGUGACUGGUGGCAACCCGAGUCAACUUCUGCCUCUCGAACCAUGUUAUUCAAGCAAUAUAUGAGAUGUAGGCCAUCGUUACAUGUAUAUUUGAGCGGCUUGAUUGUGCACCUGGAGAUGGUGUACAGUGGCCCUUUAAUAAAUAUAUAUAUAUAUAUAUAUAUA